UGCACGCUGUAUGCACGCUAACGUUACAUCACCCCCGAAUCCGUACGUAAAUGAAUAUUACGGCGUGGCUCUAGUAUGUAGCACGCACUUCGACCUGCGAGUACAGUCUUGGUGUGUUUUACUUCCCAGAGACUCUGCAACGCCGGGCUUUCGAAAAUUCCUGACCUCGUUCCUCCGUGGACAUUCGCACCGCGACGGUGAAGAUAACUAACAUUUUAUUUCGCCAAGUCUAAACUUCCGCAAGAGCUGAGCAAAUGGGAAAUCGCUGCAGCGUUUUCAAUAGCUACGCUUUCCCCUUCCUCGGCGGUAACGCUACCACGCAAUACCGUGUAUUUCCGCACAGCGCUCUACGGACGGCGCCUACGUGUCGGCGCCCCCGGCCAUUCGGCGCCUAACUGUCGGGGCCCUGGCGGAGAGAGCGUUGCGAACGGUGGCGACGGUGGUGUGUGUCGAAGUCGUCUCAAGUCUCAGAGCCCUCGGAACGCGUAGUGGUUGUCUGCAGUGCUAGCGCGUGACGCGAGUGCCGCUGCUGCUCGAGGUUGUUUCGUCGACGUUGCGCUCCCCUAUCGGCAGCCUACCCUACAGCCGCGACCCGCAUCAAAGAUCCAAGUGGACGUCCUGUCUUCAGCCAUGACCGCGUACACACCGCUGGCUUACUCUUUCACCCGCAAGGUGGUCCCCGAUGGCAUGGUCUACUUGGACACGCGCACCGACUGGAACGACGUCCUCGCCAUGAAGGGCGCCCGGGAAGUCCUUGAGGGCGUCAAGUACCCGGGAGACGAUGUGAGGAGGUCGCUGUAUGCGUCGUGGCUCCGUGUACUCGCCUCCUGCAGGUGGCGCGACUCGUUCGACCACCUCAUGCUCGAGUGCGUGGUCGCCACGCCGUCUGCUUCGAACCCGGAGGCGCCGCUGUACGCGGAUAUUUUCAAGCUCCGUGAUCCCAUCGACCGGCCGUUCCCGAACGUCCUGACGCCUGUCCUGGACCUCGCCAAGAGGCCGCGGCUGUUCUCGCGCACACUGGAGCCCGUCGAGCCGCUUCCUUCGUCGCCAGGCUUCGUCGACUACGUGGCCGACCUGCUACGGAAGAGUCGCGACUCCCGGGCGGCCCUGAACGAGGCCGGACUGAUCAUCGGCUUCUACAGCCUCGCGCUAGCCACGAUCGUAGCCAAGCCGGCGGUGAACUUGCAGGAGUUCUUCCGGACCCGGAUGGAGAGCGCGCUUUCCGCAGCAGUGCCGACAUCGUUCGAAGGGGAAGUAUUCUGUCCCAGAGGAAGAUUCCUCACCGAACUCUCUCGCAAAGCCCACUCUAUUGGCAGUGAGGUGAAACCUUAUAUUGUGCUACUGGUACUCGGCCAGCACUGCUUCCACGCCAACGCGAAGGAUGCUGCACCGAGUGCCGACGUGAAGUUCUUGGAGGAAGGCUUCCUCAAGGGAGCGAAGUUCGGUCAGCUCGAAAUUGUCGAGCUGCUCUACGAGGCGCAGGAAAAGACCGGGAUCGGAGCCGCCUUGCUCAACCGGAAGCUUCGAGCAGAAGAAAUCUCCGGCGAUCCAGAGGUCACGGUAUCCAGCCACCGCGUCGAAGUGUUCCUGGAAGGCGCGGAAGAACCGACGCAGAGAACCAAACCAUGGUGCCGUGCGGCCAACAAACACUUUUUCAUGUAUCUAGAAUUUGAAGAGAACCUGGCUUACGCCAUGAGGCUGACUGCGAUCGUAGCGCCUGACCCCGGCCAUCAGCUGUGGCAGCGACUACAGUUCGCGGAAGUCGACCCAUCGCAACGCGCCAAGGCGCGGCAUUGGGCCAUGAACUUCAAGCGCACCCAAGGCGAAGAAGUACUGGAGGAACCUGCCAAGUUUAACCCCAACCGCCGCCGUUAUGACAGCUUUUAGCCUUGUCUUUAUUGAGUUUAGUGUGUUUGUUUUUUAAAUAUCUUCUUUGUAUUCUUCUUAAAGCUAACGCUUUAAAUAAACGAUCUCAAAUUAUUCUCGCUCAGUUGAAUAA